AAUCAGACUCCAGGAACUCGGUUCCUUCAGUCACAAAUGCCAACUUGAUUGUUAACUCUGAGGUGUCCAAGAAGUGUGCAAGUCUUGAAAGCAGGGAACGUAGCAAGAAAGAAGAAAGUGAGGACAGAGAUGCUCGUCAGGUUGCUACUGCUAAGAGUAGCAAAGCAAACGCAGGACAUGGUUCUUCUGAGCACUCUCGAUCUAGAAAGAAGUUGGAAUCCCCAAGACCCUGAGCGCUGUUCAGACAAGAAAAGUGAUCCCAAAGUUGGAUCAGAGAAAGAAGCCGAAGAACCAGAGGGAGGCUAUUUCAGCUUAGAAAAGGAAGAGAAAACAAGUGGGGAAAUUAAGUUCAUUUAUGAAGCUCUUCCUAAUGCUAAUUGUGGCGAAUUUGCCGAGAAUGACCAGUGUGUCGAAACGAUUUACGUCUGCCAGGUUUUCAAGAAAGAAUCAGACAGUGAAGAUGAUGAGGAUCCUAUUUAUGAAAAUUAUAAAGUGAUUAAGAUGACGAAAGAGGGAAAAGUGAUUGGUGAUGAUGAUGAAAAUUACGAAAACUACCAGAUUAUUCGGAGGGUCAGAGAGGAAGAACUGUUGGGGCUGAAAGUGAGUCAUCCAAAUGAUGGAGAAGGAGAUGUUUAUGAGAGAAUUGCCUUUUUGAAUCAAGACAAUUUGGCUUACGCCCCACAAACAACAGCCAUGCAGGCAAGGGAAAAGAGGCACAAUCCUCUUGGUUCAAACGACUCCAUUCCUUUCAUAGAUGAAAGUGAUAAUUCACUUGAUGAGGAAGAUAAGAAUGUUACCAGUAAUGAAACAGCCACUGGGAGUAUUACCGUCAUUACCAUUAAUGACAGUAAUGCCAAGAUUUCUAGGAAGGCAAGUCCUCAGCGAACAAAGCCUCUGCUGCUUCGAUCGCAGGAUGGAAUUGCAGGAAUAGCAAAUGAGACAACAAGUACAGACAAAUUAUGCGGUACUGAGAAAAAGGCAAGUAACCCUGAAGUAGUUGUGAAUGUCCCCACAAAUCCGGGCUCAGCAAAUGAGGCCAGUUGUGUCUCAACCUUAUCGUCGGGCAUACAGACAAGUUCGUCAGAAGCUUCAACCCUAGAUUUUCUCUCCAAAUCAACUUCAAGACAUUCUUAUCCAACUGCUUCUGCCCUUAUACCCAAACUCUGUGAAAAGAUCAGCAAAAACAUGGCCCGUUUAGGAACGACCACUGAGGAACCUCCCAAGGCAUCGCUCAGGAAAGAUCAAGGGAGAGCUGAACACAAGGUCAAGAAGAGCACAAGCACAAUUGAUGUUAUAGGAAGGAAAUGUAAUGUAGCAGAUGAAAGGGUUAAGAAAAGUAUGAGUCAUAAUGACGUUGAGAGUCAUUUGAAGGAGAAAGGAACGGGAAACAUUUUGUCAGAAUCUUUCUCUGACGAAGACAUCGCACAGAACGAAGACUUUGAAUCAUUUUCUGAAACGGAUUCAGAGCUUGAUAACCUUGACUAUGAUAUGUUCACACCCAAGUCAAACAAUGGUAAAGGUCAUCAGGGAAGGAAAUCACAUCAAAGAAGUCAUAGGGCUAGAGGAAAGACGCUUUCCUUAGCCAAUGCAAGCCCUCUCAUGACAUCGACGCCUUUUGGCACAACAAAACAAACAAAAGAAGUGUCUUGUGAUUCCAUUGAGGAUGAUGGUGCCGGAGUUUUAAACUCUCCGGCAACCUUCCAAGAUCUUCUAGAAAACAAGUGUUUGAAUCCCCCUGAAACAGAUACUGAAUCUCAGACAGAGGAAGAUGCCAAAGGUAAUCCACUGGUCAUUCACGAGGACGGCGACGCGAUUCAGUCUGAUGUCCAGACUACGGGAUCAUUGGAUUCUAGAGGUGACGUACCAUCAACAGAUCAGAUGCGAUCUGGAGCCAACGAACCUGCUGUGGACGACACAUUGUCUUUCUCCUGGUCUGAUGCUGAAAGUGAAUUUGAGUUCAUAGAUUUUAAAAAAAUUGAACCACCCAAGACGUGUGUAGUGUAUCAAGGCGUUGCUGCUACAGGUGAUAAUACGGCAGUUACAACCAGUACCACAACUGUGACUACAGCCUCUGUCAGGACAGAAAAGAGGCUGGGCGCUUCGGUGAAGAGGUCUCAAAGUAUGAAAGUAGUGGGAGAGAGGCUGAGUUGCCGCGGAGAAGGGAGUCUACGCUGGGAACCGCUCCUGUGUGUCUUGCCAGAAGGACUGGCAGCUUCGCACGGGGUAGUGUGGGCGGAGCACACCUGAAACAUGAUCGCAAUUCGGCCCCGUCCUCCCCCCAGCUGGCUGCGUCCAGAUCAGCCGAUUCAACUCCAUCCAAAUUCAAUAAUCUGUGGUCACGGAUCAACAAGAAGACCAAGGGUUCGUUCAAGCCAGAGAAGAAGAAUUCUCGGAGUGAAGAAGGGUCGACGGAGAUAGGCGACGGCAGCCUCAGGUCGGCCCGCUCCCAUGAGUCCCUCCAGUCCUGCACCCACCCCCCCCACCAGGAUUCCGUCCUGCACCACCAUUCCUCCUUCCAUGACAGGACCCGGAACCAAGUCAACCGAGACGAGACGCGACGCACGGAGAACACCCUCAUGAUCUGGAUCAUGGAAGCGAAGGACAUCCCGAGCAAAAAGAAGUACUUCUGCCGCCUUAAAUUGAACAACGAGCUGUACAGGUGUACCCACAAGAAGCAGAUGACCAGCAUGUGCUUCUGGGGAGAGUACUUUGAACUGGAUUCACUUCCACAGGGUUUCACAAUCUGCAUCGAGCUGAUGCGAGAGGCGGACAAGAAACCCACCGUGAAGACGAUUGGGAGCGUCGAAAUCGACGUGAAACUCCCCAGCCCCGGGCGAGCCGCCCUCAUCGAGAACUGGUACCUGGUCAAGGUCGAGAAACAGGACAGGGGCGACGUCCCCUCCAUCAGGAUUAAGCAUAAGUUCCAGUCUUUAGACAUCCUGCCUCUAGUAAAGUACAACGCCUUGCGGUCCUACCUGAAAGACAACUCUACUUCCUUGUGUCAGCUCCUAGAACCCGCCAUAUCUGUCAAAGCCAAAGAGGACAUUGCGACCACACUCAUCCACAUAAUGCAGGCGGAGCAGAGAGCUGUGACAUUCCUGGUUAACCUGAUCCUCAUCGAGACCCAGAAGAAAGCUGAGAGCGAGCACCUGUUGUUCCGAGGCAACAGCGUGGCAACCAAAGCAAUAGAGGCCUACAUGAAGCUGGUAGGUGAGCAGUACCUGUGUGACCUGCUCUACGCGACGAUAGAUACGCUGAUCACGACCUCAGAAGACCUGGAAGUAGACCCUCUCAGAAUCACGAGCCUUCAGUCACUUCAACGACAGCGCGAGGCGCUGAAAGCGCGAGUCUCCGAGAUUUGGGAGAAAAUCAUCAAGUCCAGUACCAGCUUCCCUGUGGAGCUACGAAAAGUCUUUCACACACUGCGAGAGCACCUGGCCCACCUGGGAAAGGGCGAGAUGACUGAUCAUUUGAUAUCAGCCUGUGUCUUCCUGCGAUUCUUGUGCCCAGCCGUUCUGUCACCUUCUCUCUUCAACAUCGUUCAAGAGUAUCCUGACGAAGGUGUAGCAAGGAACCUCACUCUUGUGACAAAGACGCUGCAGACCUUAGCCAAUUUCACUCACUUCCAAGGGAAGGAGAGCUUCAUGGAAUUUCUGAACGAGUUCAUCAACAAGGAACAAGAUCGUUGCAGGGACUUCCUACAAGCUAUUUCUAGUCCAUCAGAUGAAGACACUAGCGAGCUAGAGUUUUCUGGUGAUAUCGACAUUGGGAAGCACUUGGCUCUGCUCCACCUGCACCUGAUUGAUGCUCUGGCCAAAAUCAACACCCAGGGUUAUGAAAGUGAGGCGAGCAAGGUGCUGGCCUUGGUGGAGGACAUCAGUGCACUCCUAGGUGACGACUGCAAGGAAAACCAGCCGGUCAAUUGUCACCUACCAACGCUCAACCCUCUUUCGACGCCUCCUCUGGUGUCCAACCCUUCAGCUUUAGCAACUCCAACUCAUCUCAAUAAUAAUUAUGUAAGAGAUUAUGGAGAUGGAAACAUUGCAGUUGGAAUGGUAGGAGGAGGCAUAGGUGCUGGUUAUGGGGUGCCAAUAACAACCGUCAAAUCUCAGUCUCUCCCACGGUCAGCUCCGCCCGUCUACCAUCACCACAUGGAAAUUCCAAGUCCAGGGCUGAACUCGCCUUACCGCGAGAAGACGGCUGCCAACGACCUGUCCACUAAUGACGACUACGUCCUCAUCACUGCAUUCGACCAUCAUGCCCAGCCCCAGAAUUUCAUGUAUCCCUCUGUUGAGGCAAACAACAACGCUACACUGACGGACAUCCGACACAGCAACGGAAACACCUACUUCAUGGCAGAAGUGCUGCCCCCAGAUUCCCCAGUCUGCUCAAGCGGAUCUCCUGCUCCCUAUUAUACGUCGGCAGGUCAACCGCCUCUACGCACAUACCACCACAAUCAAGGUCUCCCUCGGCGACAUCAAAGAACAGUCACCACGAAUUCCAGAAACCAUUCCGUUCAGUCCCCCAUGGAAAGGAGAGGACCCUACCAAGAGGAACUCUCAGAGUUAUACAACUUCAUGGAUUCCUGUUCGCAUCAAAUAGACGCUGUGUGCAUGGACCACGAGAACAAUAUUCAAGGUUCGCAAACCUCCAUUUCCCAGCUUUCAAAUGUCGCUUCUUCAGGAUACCAGAGCUUUGCUUAUUCCCAGUCGUCCUCCCCCGUAGAUUCACUGUUGCAGACAGACAAUUCCAGCCUGUUGUCCCGAGAGAAUGGCAACCCAGCGCAGCCCAUCCUUCGACAAGUUUUGCACGGGUCACCUCUUGCCUCUCCUUUGCAUCAACCACCUAUUGGCAAACAUCGAGCUGUGGCUGUCCACCCAGCGUACUUAGGGCACGCUGGCCACGUGUCGCUACAUGGCACUCCCAGACACAUUCCUAGAGUCCCUCACUCCAAAGCGAGUCCCAACAGUAGCCUGAGCUCAUCCCAAAGCGUGGAGGACCUCUCCUCUCUCCGCCGUGGUCGCACCCGCCAACGCCGCUCCGCUUCGUCGUCCUCCGACUCGUCUCCCGAGUCGAGGCCCCCCAUGCAUGCGCACGCCCGCCGCCCUAACGCCCACCCUCCUCGCACCAACCCCCACUGCUCACCUCGCCUGGUCCCAUCGCCUGUCCUGAGGCAGGAGCUGAGGUCGAGGUCGAGGUGUGACCGCAGUGUCAGUGGUGGGCGGAGAGGAAAGAACUUCAGAUCGUGUGACAGAGAGGAAUUCACCAGGGGAACCUCCCACUGUUACGAAGAUUCGGAGGAUGAUUUAGCUCCUGGCAUCAACUACGUGUCCGGAGGAGGUGCAGGAGGAGGAGGGGGAGGGGGGAGGAGGAGGAGGAGGCGGAGGCAGCGGCAGCUGGAGGAGAGACAGCAGCAGCAGCAGACGGCUGAGUCAGGAAGACUACCAGUGCAAAAGUUUGGCCCCCCAACAAAUUCUGGAGCAGCAAGAGGGCCAGAUGAGAGCCAUUGUGGAAAAGUCAGAGGAGAUGAGAGGCGACGUCCCAGAUGACAUCAAUGGUGACUCCUGCAACGCGUCUGACACAUCUGACUACAAGAGCUCCUCGUGUUAACUUCCUUCCACUGCAAAUAAUACUAUAGUAUCUUUCACGCAUUGUAUUAGUGUUAAGUUGACAUGUCAAUUUCUGUGUGGAUAUUCCUCUGUAGUGUUAUUCAGUUUGGGCAUUGAACUCCGCUCCUCCUCCUCCUCCUCCUCCUCCUCAGUAUGUAGUCUUCCUCCUCCUCCUCCUCCUCCUCCUCGGUGGUCUCCUCAGCCGGGUUUGUCCUUCAAGCCUGUAGUAUUUCAAUUACCUCACGUCUUCUUCUGUGUGGAGGUCCUAGUCGCGUUGUUCGGUCGCUCUCUGCAACUGCGCUUCGAUCACAACUAACUAGAAGACAUUUUUGGCUCACCAUUUGACAUUCCUGUUCUAUACGAAUAUAUUAUUUUCUAGUCUGGUUGUACAGAAUUGUCCUCUUUUUGUUUGUUUUUUUGUUUUCCAAGCAGAAGCUGACGUUUGUAUGUUCAACUCGAGUAUAUAUAUUCAGUAUAUUAAUUGCAAGGUACUGUGGGAAUUGCAGUCAGUUCUGUACCCGUUGUCUGUGUGAAACCAGUGUUUAUUUAAUCUUUCAUUUUAACAUCUACGGUACAUAAUUAUAUGCCUGGUUAGUCAUUUUCAAUUUGGGAACAUAGGCGAACAAGGUUAUCGUCGAUUAGAGGAAUUGAAAUUCUGGAGCAGUGAAUAAGGAAGCUAGAAAUAUAAUAAUAACAGAAAUAAUAAAGUACAGUACAUAGUAACCGUGUCCCUAGCACAGUAUAUACUUAUAUUUGUAAGACAUUCAUAUGGUCUAUACAUAGCUGAUUGAAUUAAGUAACACGUUUUCUGUUUACUGUACAUGGUUGUACGUGACUGUCGGGUUGUUUGAUGAUAAUAUGAUGGAACUUUGUACAGAGAUGAUUUUUUUGUAUAGUAGUGCUGUUAGGUAUAAACUGCCAACACCAAAGAUUAGAUUAGACAGACUUACAUUUAUAUAUGGUACUUUACGUGAAUUUCUGAACUGUGUGUAUAUUAUUGACUGAGUUGUAAAUACUGGUAGUGCUCAUUUUUUUCUAUUCCUGGCACAUGUAUACAAAAGACUCAAGUGGAUUCUACUGAUCACUGGAUCAGUUGUUUUGGUGCUUCUAAAGUACUCCGUGUCUAUGAAAAAAAGCCAAAGGUUUUACUAUGUACAUUUCAUUGUAGUAUUCACAUUAAAAUGUGGAUAGUAACAUUUGUACUAAACAUGUACUGGAUAAGUCAAAAUAAAUUUCCAAGUUACUUGUA